AUGGAACUCCUGCUCGACUCCGUCCAACAGCUCGAGAUGUGGAAUACUGUCCGAACAACAGACGCCCGCCAGCCCCUCCUGCUCGCCGAAGCCCUCACGGAGAGGGGACCACACACCAGUGGCAUCUUCACCCGAGAGAUGAAGGAAGCAGCCAAGGAGUUGAAGGUCAAGGAAGACAUCACUGUGCGACGGGCAGAUAAGACAGCCGCCUUCGUCUUAAUAAAAACGAAGGAAUACCACAAAAAGCUAGAUGCUAUCUUGUCCGACUCCUCAAAGUUUGAACGUCUCACACGGAACCCCACGGAAGACAUCAAAAGGGACGCCAAUCAUGUCAUCAGUACUAUCAAUGCGGCAACCAACGCAGUCCACCUUUCUCCCAUCCAAGGGGACUUCAGCCUUGGUUACCUCUACAGGAACAUAAAAACCCAUAAGGAAGGCAACCCUCUCCGCCCGAUUAUCAGCCAGACACCCGCCCCGACUUGCGCCUUGGCCAAGCGCCUCAAUCAAAUUUUGACUCCCUACGUCCCGAGACGCUAUAGCCUGAGUUCAUCGGUGGAGUUCCUUGAAGAAAUUUGUGACUCCCCUGGCACUGGCUUCAUAGCAUCCCUGAACGUAGAAUCCCUAUUUACCAAUGUUCCCAUCAACGAGACCAUUGACAUCAUCAUGGAUUGCGUCUACCGAGAGCCUUUGACGGCCACACUCAAUAUCCCAGAAGCCUCUUUGGGCACCGUGAUGGACAUCUGUACAAAGAGGGCCCCCUUCUCCACCCACUGA